UUAUUUGAAAAGCAUAAACAAACAAAAAUAAUGAAUGAUUCUCUUAUUGAAGGGAUUAGUGACAGUGUGUUGUUUAGUUGGUUACUUUCUUCUGUCAUAGUUUUAGCUUUUCUAUUAUGGUCAAAGUUUCAUGUUAGAAAUCAAAUUAUUCAUCCUGUUCACCAAGACGCUGUUCAAGCUGUAAGAGAACAUGUGAUUCAUGGUGAAUCAAAUAGACAAUCCAGAAAUGGUGAUGAUCAAUGUCCUGUUUGUAUUGACCGCCUGCAUUUUGCAGUUGAAACAAAUUGUGGACAUGUUUUCUGUUGUGCUUGCAUGAUGGCCUAUUGGGAACAAGGUGCAUGGAUUGGUGCUAUGAACUGUCCGAUUUGUAGGCAACAGAUUAAUGUACUUCUUCCUAUGUUUACUAAUGAUGAAGCUGUUUCUAAUGAGUUUACAAUUUAUAAUAAUAAAAUUCAUAUAUAUAAUCGUCGCUUCUCAGGACAACCAAGAUCUAUAUUGGAAUACAUUUUAGAUGCACCUGUCCUUGUUCGACAUUUAUGGCGAAAUUUUUUCACUGCAUCUGGUAUUGUAUUACUUCUUCGUAUCAGAAUUAUUAUUUUUUUUUGCAUUGUGCUUUUAUACCUUUGGAUGCCAUUUGAUAUUAUACCAGAAUCUGUUGUUGGAGUAUUGGGAUUUAUUGAUGAUGUUCUUUUUACUUUAGCAAUAGUUUUAUAUGUUACUGUAUUAUUUCGACAAAGUCUUGCACAAUAAACAAAUAUAGUAAAAUUUAAUUAUAAAA